AUGAGCCCCAGGAGGAGAAACACAGCCCGGGGUGUGAUCACCUUCCACACACCUUUUCCUGUCAGCCUGUUGAAGUCACAGGAGUUCGCGUCAGAUGUGAAGGACGCUACAGAGAGCAGAAAGAGUCCGUCUCAGCCGAGUGCGAGGCCGAGGAGCGCCGCUAAAUCUGUAAGAGCGUGGAACAGGGAUGAGGCCUCAACGUGUGGGCCACGGCCGUGUGCCAAACAGGACUGGCUCUCUCACACCUCCCUCAGACGACUGCAGGCAAAGUUGGAGGCUGAAAACCAACGGGCCGAAGAAAUCAUCCAACCUUUAUUGAAUACGGAAAAUGGUUUUGUGAAGGAGUUGGAGAAGUUUCUGAGCCAACGGGAUGUGACCGAGCUGAGGAGGAGGGAACUGCAGCACAAGCGCUGGACUGAGCGUGUAUGGUUUCCCUUUCAGAGGAGGCUGGAGGAACAAGUGUCCAGCUGUAGCCCGGUGGAGACCAAGAGGCGCCAGAGGUUAUACAGUCACUACCUCCAUCACUGCAACACCAAGGGUUUUGUGUUUCUAGAAACCUAUGAUCUAAGGGAAUACAAUCCUUUUCUUCUCAGCAUCAAACAGCCACACUACUUCAAGCUCAGUCCAGCUGACUUUAAGGACCCAUUGUACCUUCAGAUACAUGAAAUGCCGAAGGAAACGAGAACAGUCCGUUCUAGUGAAGCAGGAUGUAAGAACAAACUACCUCAGAGUGAUCGUCCUCAUCGCGAGUCUGUGUCAUUUCAAGCCGACACACUCCUACAGGCCUCAUCUAAUUAUCCAGUCUCUGCAUCUGGGAAAACUCCAGUGAAGGAUGAGGCUGAGGGAAGGAAGCCCAGCAGGCUCGACACCAUACCACACCACAUCAGAGUAACUGCCACACCAGAUGGAAGGUGCCAUCAGACCGGCUGCUGGCUCUCCAGAUGCGGAGGUCGGCAACAGCCAGCAAGUUCACAGCAACUUCAGGCUACAUCCAAAUAAAAUCCAUACUUACCAUAAAUCAUCACCUCUGUUCCCUUCUGACUACCUCACAGUUUACCAUGUACUAUACUUGAGAGCGUUAUUGUGUAGAACUACAGGAAAC